UGGUGUUUGGAGCGCAGCCCGGAGGCGAAAGAGCCGAGCCUGCCCGCACGGGCUUCAUCUUUCUCUUCCAGGCGCGCCUUGCAGGUGCAUUGACUGAGCCUUGCAGGCGGGAGACACUCCGGGCUUGGAACUUACAAGGCGAAGGGGUGAAAGUCUCCGAAGUUUAAGGAAGCUUCUCCCACCAGCACCAGCACCACCACCAUCUCCCCCUAGUCUUUUCAUUUGCGGAAAGGUGUGCAGGACGCAGAGGGCAUCCAUUCCUCCCCCUUCCCCUCCUUCCCCACCGACCAAAGCGGCGCAGAGAAUGGCUUCCAGCCCCAACGAUUCGGAUCCAAACUCCCAGCCGGGAGACCCGGAUCAGACUUCUAAUAUCAGUCCUCAAGAAGAGCUAGACUUCUCCAUUUUAUUCGAUUAUGACUAUGACAACUCUAUCGCAGAAGAACCGACACCUUCACAUAAAAUCAUCAGCCCACCCUCUGGAGUAACUUACCCUCAUGACGAUGUCUCGGAUUAUGGCCUGAAGCCAUACCCCUUCGUUUUGCCUAGUCUUUCAGCAGAUCACAUGGGUCGGUAUGGACAGCCAGAUAGCUUAGGGUCAAAAUGCUACUUGGACCCUGUCAAGGCUGCCGGCCCCCCUACUUUGAGCCCUAGGAUUGAGAUAACACCAUCUUAUGAACUGAUUCACUCGGGGGGUCCUUUCGGCAGCAGAGACACAGAUCUAUUGGUAGAGCAUCAGUCCAGCUCAGCUGCCACUAGCCCAAGGUUUACCCUGCCUGUCCCUGGCUUUGAAAGCUAUCGAGAACCGCUCUGCCUGAGCCCUCCUAGCAGUGGCUCGUCUGCAAGCUUCAUUUCAGAGACUAAUUUCUCUCCUUACACCUCACCAUGUGUUUCACCAAAUAAUGGCCCUAGUGAUGACCUUUGUCCACAGUUUCAAAACACCCAUGCUCAUUAUUCCCCCAGAACCUCUCCAAUAAUGUCCCCACAAACAACCACCGUGGAGGAUACCUGCCUGGGGCCGCGUUCACCAUCACCACGUCCCAACUCAAGAUCGUCAUCACCGGGCGCAAAGAGGAGGUACUCUUGCACUGAGUUCUACGGAAGUCAGCAUCCCUCCGCUUCUCCACGGCAAUCGAGGACCCCCUCUCCACAGGCCUCUCCUCAGAUUUCCUUGAGAGAAGACGGAUCUUCAGUCACGUACACCCAGUUGUCCACUUCUUCUACUCUCAUGGAUGCAAUGAGCAACCUCAGCACAGAUCCUUCUUGUGGAGUUCCCACAAAAAUAUGGAGAACCAGCCCAGAUCCUUCUUCAAUGCAUUCCCACAAAGCCAGCAUGUCGUGUCAUGUGCUUCAGCCUAUUGAAUACAUUGGGACUUGUGAUCAGGAUGACCGAAGAAACCCACCACCAGAAUCCAUCUUAUUAGUGCCACCAUCUUGGCCAAAGCAACUAAUGCCUGCAAUACCUAUCUGCAGCAUUCCUGUACAAUCCCUUCCACCACUUGAGUGGCCACUCUCCAGCCAUUCUGGCUCUUAUGAACUGAGCGUUGAAGUCCAGCCGAAACCCCACCAUCGUGCCCAUUACGAAACAGAAGGGAGUCGAGGGGCAGUCAAAGCACCAACAGGGGGGCACCCAGUGGUCCAGCUUCAUGGUUACAUGGACAAUAAGCCCCUGGGCCUUCAGAUCUUCAUUGGAACAGCAGAUGAGCGGAUUCUUAAACCACAUGCUUUCUACCAAGUUCAUCGCAUUACGGGGAAAACAGUCACCACAACAAGUUAUGAGAAAAUCAUUGGCAACACCAAAGUGCUGGAAAUUCCCCUGGAGCCAAAAAACAACAUGAAAGCAACUAUUGACUGUGCAGGCAUCCUCAAGCUAAGAAAUGCAGACAUUGAACUACGGAAAGGGGAGACCGAUAUUGGUCGGAAGAACACUCGCGUGAGGCUGGUUUUCCGUGUACACAUUCCAGAAUCCAGUGGCAGAAUAGUAUCUCUGCAAGUAGCAUCCAAUCCCAUUGAAUGCUCCCAACGCUCUGCUCAUGAACUUCCGAUGGUUGAGAGGCAAGAUGUUGACAGCUGUCUUGUUUACGGUGGGCAACAGAUGAUCCUAAGUGGCCAGAAUUUCACUGCUGAAUCUAAGGUUAUAUUCACAGAGAAAACACCAGAUGGCCAACAGAUAUGGGAGAUGGAAGCCACAGUGGAUAAAGAUAAGAGCCAGCCUAAUAUGCUUUUUGUAGAGAUUCCAGAAUAUCGGAACAAGCACAUCCGUACUCCCGUCAAGGUGAAUUUCUAUGUGAUAAAUGGAAAAAGGAAAAAAAGCCAACCACAACAUUUCACCUACCAUCCAGUGCCUUCCAUCAAAACAGAGCCCAUUGAUGAUUAUGAUCCAGCUUUAAUCUGCAAUACAGUACACAGUGGUCUAAGAACAGUAACACAGCCUUAUUAUUCACACCAUACAAUGGUCUCCGAGUCUCCUUCCUGUCUUGUGGCCACAAUGGCUUCCUGCCAGCAGUUGCGCUCAAGCUUGUCUUCUCCUGAAUCUCAGUAUCCUCAGCAAAACCCAGGAGCUGUAAUAUAUCAAAGAAGCAAAAGUCUCAGUCCUAGCCACUUGGGCUAUCAGCAGUCCAGCUUAAUGGCUGCACAAGUUUCCAUUCCAGAUGUUCACAGGUCAGUGUUGGUGCACACAGGAUCUCCCAGCCAAAGUUCAGCAGGGCUUCAUCAUUCUCCAGCCAAUCAGCAGUCUCCUCCUGUGAUUCACUGCUCUCCUUCGACCAACCAACACUUGAGGUGUGAAAGCCAUCAGGAAUUUCAACAUAUUAUGUGUAGCGAAAACUUCACAUCCAGUGGAGUGAGACCCAGCCAGCCUCAGGUCAGCCAAGCACAAAGGUUAAGCCCAAGUUCAUACCCUACCGUGAUUCAGCAGCAGAGACCAGUCAAAAAUGGACCGCCAGUAAGCGACCAGAAAGAAACCACAUCAACAGGAGUCACCGUUAAACAGGAACAGAAUCUUGACCAAGCCUACUUGGAUGAUGAGCUGAUAGAUACACACCUUAGCUGGAUACAAAACAUUAUAUGAAACAGAAUGACUGUGCUUUUUUGAUCCGAGCAAUCAAAGUCCAAGUUAACGAAAUUAUCAGGAAAGAAUUUUCAGGACUGCCUGCCAGAAGUCAGACAUAGAAGAGAUUUGCAAGUCAACUUUUAUUGGACGCUUCCGUACCUGACCUCUUAGAUUCCUCUCUUGCCCCAUCAGCCUCCUGCUUCCUUAACUGAUCAUCUCAAGGCACCAGUUCAACACCAGGAACAAUGCACUGGCAUCAAACUGACAGCUUUGACUAAGCAGUCCGGCACCUCUCACUGUAAACAUCAAAAAGAACACUCUUCCUUUUGUUCAAAGAUCAUGUCGUUCUCAUGUAACAAGGCGUGCGCUUGACACAAUAUAUUACUAUGAUUACUAAUGCGCACACACACAUUUGCAGAAUGGAAAGAGCUAUGCAACUGAAAAAAGAAGGCAUCAGUCCAGAAACCUGUGCUGAAGUGGGAUUAUGUUUGUGCUGUGAACCACACCGGAUGAAUUGCAAAGUUACUCAUUCAACAGAAAAUAGUCUGGAUUCCAAAGUAAUCAAGUUGGCCAUUUUUUAAAAAUAAAAAGAUAAGACCACUCACAAAAUAAUGCAUAGGCACUGAGCCAGAAAAAUUUAAGGGAGCAAAAUUACCUUUGUUCUUUUGCAAAUAGGGAUUUGACCACCUUUUCGGCACAAUGGGAGCUUCAUAAGCAGCAACAAAGAAUCUAGGGCAAGAAGGCUACUGCAAUGAGAAAAAGAAGGAAAGCCACACUGUAUGGACACAUCUGCUUAUCAAGCUAUAAUGCAGUGCUCUGAAUUGGGCUUUACUGUAUUGUUGUUCUCAUCUCAGGAUACAUGGAAGCCAAACUUGUUUUGCUUUGAGUUAGAAGAUAUAUAAACUCAACCAACAAUACAAUGAAAAAUUGAAUGUUUUAGAACCCAUGGAUUUCACUGGAAGAUAUUUGCAUUAGUCAGUGCAUAAAACUCCCUCUGAAAUCACUGGAAUUUAAAAUCGGUAACAUUGUGUUUCCAUUUUCUUCUUAGUGAAUUUUUCAUAUCCGAUGUGGGGGUAUAUAUGGAUAAUGCAAAAGUAUUUGUCUUAUAUUCUCACAACAGAACUUGUUUGCUUUUUAGUAAUAUGAACUGGAAACUGUUUCCAUACUUUAACAAUGAUUUUUUCUUCGUGGUACAAAUUACAAGAGCAAACUACCCUAAAAAGAUGCCAUGAUUUCAUUCAUAGGAAAAGUGACAUGCAGAGUAGCUUAACUAGUUAAACUGGUUAAAUAUUUUUCCUGUCUUGGUGCUCAUGCCAGCAGCUAGCCAAAUACCCAGAUAUCUCAGGGACCUUUUUUCAUUAUGUUGCAAUAAGGUGAUUUUCUUUCCUCCAGUGAAAAAUGUUUAGAUUUCCUGCAAAAGAUAAUUGACAUAUAGUCAAUGUAGAGAUCUUGAUUCUCUAAGACAGUGGUUCUCAACCUAGGGUCCCCAGAUGUUUUUGGCCUUCAGCUCCCAGAAAUCCCAACAGCUGGUAAACUGGCUAGGAUUUGUGGGAGUUGUAGGCCAAAAACAUCUGGGGACUCCAGGUUGAGAACCACUGCUCUAAGAGCUCCAUUACAAGAAGAAACCACAAUAUGUUUGAGCUUUCUUAAACAUUGUAUCAAGAAGGAUAGCCAAUUUUAUUUUCUCGGCCAGCUUGUGUAGUGCAGAAGUGGCAACUGAGGAUCAGUCUAUACAUCUACAUGAAGUUCAGAAUUCAGAAUUUCUGGAAUUACAUCACCUUAGGCUGCAGUUGUGGUGUAUUAGGAUAAUUUCAUAUUUGAAUGUUUCAUCAGAGUAUUUUAGUAUUUAUGCAAAAAAAAGCACAACAGAAAGAGGUGAUGCAGUAGUUUUCUAACUGACAAGCCAGCUUUAUGCCCCCCCCUCAAAUCUGAUAUUUUACAAUUCCAGAAAAUGCACGCCAUGUAAUUUAGCAUCACAUGUACAUUGACUCAAAUAUGCUAUAUGUAUUGAGGCUCAUAGCAAGUAACUAAUCUUAUUGUUCUAACUUAUUGUGCUAACACCAGCCAUAUAGAUUGAGAGAGCAAGGCAGCACUAUGCUGUAUCAUCUGGCCAUUUAUAAGCAAUACACAGGAAGAAGAGAAGGAGCUACUACCCUCAAUUGCUUCAACCUUUUUAUGACAGUGGAUCUGUUGUUGUAUGGGCUUCUGGCUCUCCAUACCAUUGGCACUGACAAUUGCCACUGUUUACAUAGACACAGCAGAGUACGCCAAAUUAACUUUUCUCAUAGAGAGAGAGGAUACUUCUGAGUAUUUCCAAAGUCCUUAGUAUGAUAAACAUUGAGGCAGGAUAGCCAUGUGUGCCCAUUUGCCUUCCAGUUACCCAUUGACUUGUGGUGCAACCCCAUAAAUUGCAAAAGAUUUUCUUAAGCAAGGAAUACUCAGGUGGUUUUUGCCCAAUCCUUCCUCUGGUAUUCCCAUUCAAUACUAGCCAGGAAUGAUCCAGCUUAGUUGCAAAGAUCAGACAGGAUUUGGUGACUCCCCUAGGUAAAAUAACUAGAUUGCAGUUUACAGAUUUCCCCUUUCAGUCUCUUGCUGACUUGGAAGGACAGCCAGUCUGCCAUCUAGGGUCCAACCUAGUCUUCUUGUCAGUCCCUUCUUUGACUUGCCCUAAGAUCAAGGGAAGCGGUGGCAUAUAUGAAAAGGAAGGGACAGAAAAGGACAAUAGCAGUUGUACGUGCAAAGGGAUUUUCAGUUUCACAUGAAAUUGAUUUUUAAAGCCUACCCUCUCAUGCAAUUCACAAUACCUUCCAGAAACAAAUUGUAUAGCCUCUGAAUUUCAGAGCACAUCUUGGAGUUAUUGUCGUGUCAGGUUAAGUAGCAGACAAAACAGAAAGUUGUUUUGACAUUUUGAAAAUCCUUCCUCAUCUUGUCACUGUUCUUCCUAAGGAGAAAAUACACUUUUGUUUAUUUUGGCUCAAUAAGAAUGACCCAGCAUAACACUGAAAAGCAAAAAAAUGUAAAGAAGUGAUGUAAUUUGGCAAUGAGUUUAAACACCAAAAAAAAAAAAAAAACCAGCAAGAUAAAGGAAAUAUUUAGCAGACAUAUAGUGUUUUUUGAGCAUUCAUAUUGAAUAAGCUAAACACAGUAUGUAAUUUUGUGACCAGGCUUACAAAUAAGGGACAAGAAGGCGCAUUUUGAAAGAUCUUGCAGCUUAUUAGAUAAUGUCUCUACUGGUAGGAAGUAUUGCUGCUUGAGACAGACCUGCUUCAAACUUUUUCAGAAUGAGAUGAAACUAGAUAAGCAUUCCUUUGGAUCCUAUCCUGUCCAAUAUAUUUUAAAAUGCCCAAAUAAGAGAUUGUUCUGCAAUCAAUAAUAAGACAAGGCAGGCUGAGUAUCCUUUAUCCAGAAUUCUGAAAUGCAAAUUACUCCCAUAUUGUCCUCCUGGGCAAUAAGAUUGCUUCCUGAUUAUUUAAUGUACACAAAGUUUGUUUCCUGCACAGAGCUAUUUCAGGCAUUGUGCAUAAAAUACCCUUUGGGCUAUGUGUCUAUAGUGUAUAUGAAACAAUUAAUAAAUUCUAUGUUUAGACCUGGGUCCCAUCUCCAAUAUCUCAUUAUGAACACUUCUAGUUCAAACAGUUCGAAUAAGGGAUACUCAGCAUGUAGCAGAAAUAAACCUAAUCACGAUGUUGCAAUUCAUCCUUUUAAAGCUAAUUAAUUUCCAUGUUGCUUGUUGAUUGGAAAGUCCCUUUUCCAAAUAUGCUCAGGGAUUAUGAUUCAUCUUAGAAAUGUAUCCAAGAUCUCAUGAUAACCAAUUUCUGCCAUGAGCUACUCAUCAUUAAUGUAUUCUUACCUAUGGCUGGUAAACCAUAGGCAAUGACAAUUUUGCACUUUUUUUUGUUGAUAAUGGUGCCUUGAAUUUACAUUCCCAUUGAAGAAGUAGCAAAGCAACAUGUGUUUUGUAUAUGCUAAAAUAAUGGGACAGGCUGUUUCUUAAUGCAGGAUUGUAUACCUGGUGCUCCCCAUUCAGUGCCUACUUUUACCUUUCUAUUCGUGGUGCCCCAUUUGUCUGAAGAUGGGUUUGAAUUCUUACUUUAUCAGUGCCAAAGUCAUUCCAGGUGAUAGCACCCAUCAAAGCUAGUCCUGAGCUUCAGCACUUGCUGAUGCAAUGCCUUGAUUGUCUUCACAAAUUUUAUCUUAAAAGUAAAAAAAAAAUGUGAAAAGCAAGAAUUAUGCUGUUUGUUCCCACUCCCAUGUCAACUAGGAAGAAAACUACAGUGAAUGUUAAUUGAAUGGGUCACUUGCUUUGUUCAUUGUUGUUGUUGGGGUUUUUUUGCAUCCAAAGAAAUGAGUAGGAAUUCUACAGUUGCAGUCCCGUGCCUUCCUUAUAUGCUAGGUGUAGUUUCAUAUAUUGUGUGUGUAGUAUAGGCUACAUAUUUAAAAAUAUGGUGGCUAUAUGAAGACAAGCUAUCCUACUGUAUUUACUUUUGAACAUUUUGCAAGCAGCUGUUUCUAAAUAAUAGGUAUAUAUUUAUUUCUGAAACAAGAGAACCCCUUUAGAGGCAAUUAUACAGAUUUCUGUCUUUAUACGUAAUGAAUACAUUAAAGUAGCAUAGAGAAUUCUGAAUCCUUCCAUAUUAAACAUUAUUUCUUUUGGUUCUGCAGACAUUUUACAGUAUUAAUGUUAUAAUAUUGAUGGAAGUAUCUCUCUAUUCUAAAGUUAAAUCAGAUUCACCUAGGCCAAGUUAAUUGCUUCAUGUGAGUUUAUUUGGAAGAUAGCCAUAGCAACAUAUUAGGAAAUUCUGUCUUUCCUUAGUUAUCUGAAAGUUUCACUGCUGUGCCUUCCUGCCAUUGUACCAAAAGUUCUCCCAGGGCAUUGUCUGUGAGGUGAACAGCUUUAAUGCAUUUUCCAUUAAUGUUAUACUAUGCUCAAGUAUAAAUGACAUAUUGUAAUGCAAAAGAUCAUCUCUCGUAUUUUUAGUGUCUUUUUCUAAUUUCCAUUCUUCUAUCACAACUUUGCUUGCAAAUUACAGGAUGAGCUCCUGUAGACCUUUGCAUCAAAUAGACAAUAUGGAGAAAAUGAAGCCAUCCGUCUUAACAUAUAAGCAAUUGGAGAGAGUUUAAGGAGAGGACAGAUGUGAGGAAGAGGCUUUUGUCCUUUUUGAAUGCAUUUUGAAAGUAAAGAAUAAGAAAGGAGAAACCGUGUGGAGAUAAUUUGUAAUUUAAAUGGACACAUUUCAUUUACAAAUUAUCUCAUUUUUCUUUUUGUUUCUCACUCCCUCUUUUAAUCCGUGAGGUUGAGCAAAAUGUUAGAUUGACUGAAUUUCAAUAGUGGAAGCGUCUGUUGGAUGUGAUUUUGUUGGUAAAAAGAAUAUCGAAUAGUUACAGUUUGCACUCAGUUAAUACUGCUUUUGGGACACAAUCCAGGCAAAUUAAGCACUUUUGCUUUAUACCUUGCUAGAUAGGAACUUUAUGCAAUAUGUAUGUAAUAUAGAAUACAUAAAUCCAUUAGGAAAGAGAGAGAUAAGCAUGUGUUUAAUUCGUCCGUCCUAAUCUUAUAAAGUGUCUCUUUUUGGUUGGAUUGUGCUCCUUGUAAAUAUGUAUCUUUUCUAUCUUCGUUGGGAACAAUCUGUUAUGUUUUAAAUGUAGGGUGUGUUCAAAGACAGCGCCAUGUUACAAUAUUUUUAAAGCUGCAUCUUGGUUAUAUAUUGAUAUAUAAAAAUAUCAAACAGCUAGCACAGUGUAUUUUUGAAAAAUAUGUAUAUUGUAUUAUAAGAUCUUUUAAAAGAAAUGGACUUCUAUGUUUUUUUAACUGCCACAGAUAAUGCAAUUCUUCUAUGUUAAUAUUUAUAAAUAGCUAGUUUUGCAUUUUCUUCAACUGCAGCUUUAAUAAGUGCUCUUACAUAGAAGGAAGCAUUGCUGAAAUCAGUGGGGGCAGACCUGGACUCUUGUGAUCUUGGAGAACAAGGGCUACAGUAUCUCCCCAGGGAUCUUUAAGUCCCUCUUAGCUUUGCUACAUCCCUUUACUCAUAUUCUUCCAUUGUGUCAACCUUACAAUUGCUACUCCCAAAGACUUAGCUUGUAUAUUAUCUUUUAUAAAUACCUUAGUGGGUGUUUGAUAUGAGUCAUCUGUCCAUACAUCUCAAUUAAAGAUUCUGCUAUUUUGGAUGCUCAUAUUGAAAUUUUAAGGUCAAUGUACAGAUGUAUUUGCUCUGUUUAAUAUGUCAGUUGAAAUUGCCCUGCCUUCCCCUCACUGCUGCAUAACAGUUGCAAAUGACAGUUAUCUGCUUCAUUGACAAAUCAAUAAUCAUGUCACAUAGCCAAUUAUAAGAUUUGUUUAUUCAUUUCUACUUGCUUGCAUAUAAUGUAUAAUUUAGAAAAAUCCAAUAUCUCUGGUAUUUCUGUAAAUUGAAAGUGCUGAUAGCAGUUGCACAAUCUUCCAUAGACCAAAGAGGAAGGAGUAUACAAGCGUAAUGUAAAUGCAUCUGAUGUGUGGCCUUGGGGAAAAAAUGAGAAUAUUGAUAGUCCUAGCUUUUUGUUUUUAAAUACUGAUUUCUUGUCCUCCUGGUUACAGAAAUGAAUGGCCAUAAAUGUGCUAAAAUGAUCAGAAGAAGGGAACAAGACCAUUCAUUUUCAAGGUUUUCCAAGUGUUAACUCAGGUUCUUCAUGUUUAUGUGUGAGAUAAGAAAAAAGACUAUCAGAAUUAUAUUGUGAAAUAUCAAGCACAAUGACUUGCAAUUUUUUAUUCUUUCAUUUACCCUAAAAUGUUGCUGUGCCUGACUAUCCCUGGAUUAGGCUGACUAUAUUUACCAGCAGUACAUUGGCACAUUUCAUGUUCAAGAAAAUGAUAUGGAAAUUAUGUUCUGCAAGUGAAUAAUAUGCAUCAAUUAGCCCUUCCAGCUCAUGAUGAACUUCUUCUUCUUCUUCUUCUUCUUCUUCUUCUUCUUCUUAUUAUUAUUAUUAUUAUUAUUAUUAUUAUUAUUAUUAUUGAGCAUGUUGUGCAGUCCUAAUAGAAGCAGCCAUCAGAUGGUGGGAAAGUGCUGGGAUUCAAGCUACAUCUGAUAAUUGUUUUAUCAUUUUUGAACUGAAUUGAUUUUAUUUGCACUAAAUUGUAAGCGUGUUCCUAAACUGGUCCAGCAAAGCCAGAGGACUUCAUGUAAUUACCCUCUGAAAAUGAAGAUUAACUACAGUUAGCACCCAAAGAUGAGGUGUAACAAUCCUGCUUUUGUUCAGUAGUCACAUACUCCAUGAUUGAUUUUGUCUGGAUGUUCCCAGAAGUGGAGCCAUUGAGACCUACCCUGUCUUGGAACGCAUGUCUAUCAACAGCUGUGAGCCACAAAUUAAGUAUCGGUUGCUGGGAACACCGAAGAUGGAGAGCUUUUGCCUUCGUAUCCUGUUUUUCUCAAAGCAUCUGGUUGGCCGCUCUGAGGAAACUGGAUUCUGGACUAGAUAGCCCUUUGUUCUGAUCCAGCAGGGCCAUUCCUAAGUGACACCAAAGAUUUUGAUUUCCCACAUCUGUAAGCCAAAUGAAAGAGCUCUACUGAUCAGACUGUACACUCAGUUUAAAGAUGGCUCUGUUCGACUUUCUGCUGGUCUUCAACCAUUUUUGGGAGCAGGAAAUUGAACAUUAAAGUGUACAGUUAGUAUCAUUUAAGAAAAUACCCUGAAGGACACUUCAGAAAAAGGAAGAAAGACUCUUUAGAUCUCGUGGAAAUCAAUAUUAAUAUACAUAUUGGGGAAAUGGUUUUCAGUGCUCCAAGGUAAAUAUCAAGCAUAAAUAUGCAACUAGCAAUGUUUAUUUACUGAAACAAGAAAUCAGCUUUUAAUUUCCAUAUCUUUUGAAGUAAAUUCCAUGUUCAAAAUGUCAUUACAUUUUUUAAAAAAUAACAAAAGAAUGCGAGUUGUAUCUCUGUUAUAUUCUACCAGCGUAAUAUUUUAAUCUUCAGUUUACUUGUGAUCUCAUUUUUUGUAAAAUAUUUUUAUACAGCUUGUACUAGUAUAGUCUAGCAAUAAAUCAAAAGGCAACAACUAC